AUGCCUCAGCCUCAGGCAGUCGUGCCGAUACCCCAUGAUACUCCCCUCCAUGUUAAGGAGGCCAUACUUCUCCUAGCUACGGAAAACGCCAUGCGCUGUGGAGGCAUGGUGAAGAGACUGAAUGAAUUUAUUGAGCAAGAAACUCUUAUCGAACAACACUGCAAGGACACCGACAAUUUGCUGAGCAGAACUUUCGACGAAGCUCGAAAUCUCCAUUUCUACAGCCUCAAACGGCUGAUUCGCCCGACCAGCGGUGUGCACUGGGCGCUUGUCCCGGUGCUUGACAGCUUUAACUCGACGGUGAUAUUCGCCUGGCCUCCCGGCGAUGACAGGAGCCAAAAGGUCGCCGAGUUUUGCAAGUGGCAGAUGGCGUUCGUAUCCCACCACCCCGACAACACGCAAAGCUACCUUGAACUUCUUGGCCAGCUCAGCUCGCGAAUCUCGGAUGAGUUGGCGGUGCUCAGAGUGCUAGCGAUGAGGCUGGAGAUACUCAGGAUCAACUUUUUAGGGUGCUCCAAGGUGGCUGAUACCUUCCUCCAGGGGGGUGACAUGCCCCCCUGUGACGCCCCUGACCUUCUUGCCUGGCUCUAUCUGAAUGUCAUCCACCAAACUCGGGAUUGA